AUGGCCUCCCUAGGCAUGUCGCUGCGGGACCGCCAAAUCGCAUCGAUUCAAAAGAUUCUGAAUCUCAAUCAUGAUGUCCACACAUCCGCAGACACCCACGCUGACGGCGCAGGUCCGGCUACCAUUCCCCAGUCUACUCCCAUCCUGAACGAGGAUGGCGACCCGAUAUGGAAAGUUCUGGUUUUCGACAACAAGGGAAGAGACGUGAUUAGCAGUGUGCUACGAGUGAAUGACCUGCGGGCCUGGGGUGUCACUAUUCAUUUGAACAUAAACUCGGCGCGGUAUCCGAUUCCUGAUGUUCCUGUCGUCUAUCUCGUUGAGCCCACCGCAGUGAAUACACAGCUAAUUACCUCCGAUUUAUCUCGUGGAUUAUACUCCCCUGCCUACGUCAACUUUCUGUCGUCGGUACCCCGCCAGCUUCUAGAAGACUUCGCAUCGCAGAUCGCGACUACAGGCACAGCGGAGCAUAUAGCACAAGUCUUUGAUCAAUAUUUGAAUUUCAUCGUUGCGGAACCGGAUCUGUUCAGUCUAGGGUUGGGUAAUGAUUCGUACUGGAAAAUAAACAGUGCUCAAACAAGCGAUGAGGAUCUUGAUAACAUUGUGGAUAAAAUUGUCAGUGGGCUGUUCGAUGUCAGCGUCACCAUGGGCGCCAUACCGAUCAUCAGAUGCCCGAAAGGCGGUGCUGCCGAGCUUAUAGCCACCAAGUUGGAUCGCAAACUUCGCGAUCACAUACUCAAUUCCAAGGAUAAUCUGUUUUCGAGCAAUAAACGACCGGGAGUGGCUGUACCGUCGUCGCGACCGGUAAUGAUAAUCGUGGAUCGGAAUGUUGACCUCGUGCCGAUGCUGUCACAUGGAUGGACAUAUCAAUCCUUGGUACAAGACGUGCUCAAAAUGCACCUCAAUCGUAUUACGGUAGAAACACUGGUGGACGAAUCUGAUCCUUCGAAAGGGAAAACCAAGAAAGCUUAUGACCUCAAUGCGACGGAUUUCUUCUGGAAGCGCAAUGCCAAUGUUCCUUUCCCGCAGGUCGCCGAAGAUAUUGAUGCGGAGUUGACGAGAUAUAAAGAAGACGCCAAUGAUAUCACGAAGAAAACAGGAGCAUCAUCAAUUGAGGAUCUCCAAAAUGAUACUAGUGCUUCCGCGCAUCAUCUCAAAGCCGCGAUUACACUCCUGCCAGAACUGCGCGAACGCAAAGCCACACUGGAUAUGCACAUGAACAUUGCAACGGCGCUACUACAAGGAAUCAAAGACCGACAACUCGAUAACUUCUUCCAACUCGAGGAGAACAUCAGCAAGCAAAGCAAGGCUCAAAUUCUAGAAUUGAUAAAUGACCCCAGUAAGGGUACAGAUCCUUCCGAUAAGCUCCGGUUAUUCAUCAUCUGGUUCCUGACGACAGAGACGGAAUUGACGAGAGGCGAGAUCACGAACUUUGAGGAAGCACUACAACGAGCGGGUAAUGAGGAUACAACCUCUAUUGCAUAUGUCAAGCGCGUACGAGAAAUCACCCGAAUGACUAUGAUGACGAGCUCGACUGGCUCUCCACAGCAACAAUCAUCCGACCUAUUCAAGGGCUUCUCAUCUCUUUCCAACAGACUGACGGAUCGCAUCACUUCUGGUACUCUCGGCGCCAACUUUGACUCUCUGAUCUCUGGCGUGAAGAACUUCCUUCCAGUCAACAAGGAUCUCACUCUCACAAAAAUUACCGAGUCGAUUAUGGAUCCUCAAUCAGCUUCAAGUUCAGCUAUUGCCAAGACCGAGAAUUACCUUUACUUUGACCCUCGUAGCGCCAACGCACGAGGUGCUAUGCCUACUUCGUCCGCUGCUCGUGGCCAACAACAGGCCGGCUCAACAACUACACCCGGCAUCAACGCAAGCUUUGGUCAGCGUCGUCAGGCCUUCAAUGAAGCUAUUGUCUUUACUGUCGGUGGUGGUAGUAUGGAAGAAUACGGCAACUUGCAAGACUGGGUCGCGCGUACGAGUGGUCAAACAGGCACUGGUGGUGCCGGUAGCGCUACAGGAGGCGGUGCAGCUGUAGCCAGUAGUGCCGGUGCAGCUGCAUCGUCGGGAAGUCAUAGAAAGAGAGUUGUGUAUGGAAGUACAGAACUCAUGAAUGCUUCUGAUUUCUUGAUAGACGCGUUGGGAAGGUUGGGUAAGGAAAGUUGAUCUAUGAUUUAGAAAUGAAUCGGCGCAGUCAUUUU